CUUGUCGUGGCCUUUCCCCCCAUCUCAAUUCGAAACUCUACAUUCCUGCAAUCGACCAAAAAUUUUGUUUGUCUUGCUAUCACUUCAUUUCUGCAAAGUUCAGGUCGCCUUGUCUUCGCAUUGUUGCCAUAUAGCCACGCCAACAUGUCGCUAGUGGCCCACCUGGUGCGCCGCGGGGUGGGGCUUGCAUGGAGCGCCCACGCCGAGUCACAGCGCCUGAAGCGAGACGCUGCGGCAGCUGAUGCGCACACCGGCAAGCACGCCUCUAUGAGCACCGGCCAGCUCGUCGCCACUGCUCUGCUGAUAAUUACCGUCGUCGCGUCCAUCUUCACCUACUUUUGGAUCGAAUACACGCUGCACUUUGUCUUGGGCAAUCUUGUCGCGGUUGAGGACAGCACAGCGACAGCGGGGUCCCCCAGCGGCAUCGCUGGAGCCAGGGAAAGCGAAUCCAAAGACGGCGAGUUCAAAGACGGCGUGUCCAAAGACGGCGUGUCCAAAGACGGCGAGCCUGUCGAAGUCGAAGGCACCGACGACCAAGCCGAGAAGGAGUCGCUCAUUCCCUCCACAUCCGACGAGCGUGUCGUUCCUCGCGGGAAUGCGGGCACGACACCCAUCACCGCCAGCAUCCGAUCCACCCUGAAGCACAUCCGCGCACUGGACGGGUUCAAGGGCUACUUCCGUGGCCUCGGCGCGUUCUUCCUCUAUGCCAUCACUUCCGGUAUCCUCUAUGCGCUUCUCGUCCUCUUGGCCGAGUUCGUAAAUCCCGGCGUCACGAAUUCGCUCGGGACCUUGAGCCUGCCCGAGCUCGUUGCCGACUUCACCGUUACCAUGUCCACCUGCCGCUUGCACUGCAACUGGACCCACGCCACCGUCCGCGACAACACAGACAUUCCCGCCCGCGGCGUCUACCGCCGUUCGCGAUAUGUCUCUCGCAAGGACUACCGGUUCCUCUCGCUGCCCGCCAUGCGCAUCUGGCUCGCCAGGGCCGCCGCGACGGCGCUACCGCUUGCCGUCUUCCGCACCGCCCAGCCCAUGAUCCGCCCGACCCCUGUCGCGGCCACGCUGGUGACCGUGUUGUUUGUCGUCGUUUGCGUGCUGGUCUCGGUCUCGGUGGUGCUGCCCGCCAGGAUCGCCCGCACGCGCAUCGAGACAUCGCUGCUCCUCGAGACCGUGUCCACCAUUGUGCCCGUCGACCGGACCUUUGGCGGCCGCGUCGACCGCACGCAGUCGCUGGCCUGGUGGCGCUUUGUGGCGCUGCAUCUCGGCCUCGUCGGCGCGUACAAGACCUUUGACCGCGCCACCUUCUGCCGCGCCCUCAAGGUCUGGGCCGUGUAUUUCUUUGUCGCCCUCACCUUCAUGUUUGGUGUGACCGCCCUGCUCUGUGUUGAGCUCCUGUUCGUCAUGGGCGGUCCUGAGGCGGCCACCGCGGUUGUCAAGCAGAUGAUCGCGGACAACGGGUCCCCCUGA